ACACAUGGCACGGCACCUGAGCGUUGUUCUCAUCUUUACCUCUCUUCUUCCUUUUGUGAACGUCUGAACUUUCUUUUGUCUAUGGCUUAGCUUAGACGUCACUCGUUCCUCGGGCCAUCUGCUGAUAUUCUGCUCCAUAAAACUAUUGACUCCCUUCCCCUAUUAGUAUCAUCAGUAUAUAUAUUUAUAGUGUGCUGCUGUGGUCUGUGAGCUCUAGGGAUGAAGUCGCCGCCGGGAACGACGAUGGUGGCGGCGCUGGUGCAUCUGCUGGCCGCCUUCAGCGCCGCCGUGUUGGCCGCUGCCGGCGGCGAGCAGCCGCUGUCGAAGAUCGGCAUCCACCGGGCCACCUUGGCGAUCCAUCCGGGCGCCUCCGUCGACGUCUCGCCGCUGCUCCUCGGCCUGCAGGGGCAGGACCAAGAAUGGGUGACCAUCGGAUUUAACAACCCCAAGCCAUCCAAGGAUGACUGGAUUGGGGUCUUUUCCCCUGCUAAUUUCAGUGACUCCAUUUGCCCGUCGGAGAACCAAUGGGUCGAGGCCCCUCUUUUGUGCACGGCUCCUAUUAAGUUCCAAUAUGCAAACUAUACGACGUCCGACUAUGCGAAGACCGGAAAGGGGUCCUUGAGGCUUCAGAUAAUUAAUCAGAGGAGUGAUAUAUCAUUCGCAUUGUUUUCUGGAGGACUCUCAAAUCCGAAGCUUAUCACACGUUCAAAUAGCAUAACUUUCGCAAACCCGAAGGCUCCUGUGUACCCACGCUUGGCACAAGGAAAGUCCUGGGAUGAAAUGACAGUGACAUGGACAAGUGGAUAUAGUACGAAGGAGGCUACACCGUUUGUUGAAUGGGGCAUACAAGGGCAAAUCCAAAUCCUUUCUCCUGCAGGCACCCUUACGUUCAGUCGCGACACUAUGUGUGGCCCACCUGCUAGGACAGUUGGAUGGCGCGAUCCUGGUUUCAUACAUACAAGCUUCCUCAAGGACCUAUGGCCUAAUCUUAAGUACACGUACAGGAUUGGCCAUCGGCUAUUCAAUGGUCAAAUUGUUUGGGGACGUCAGAAUAGCUUCAAAGCACCUCCCUAUCCUGGGGAGGAUUCUUUGCAACGUGUUGUCAUAUUUGGAGAUUUGGGCAAGGCCGAGAUUGAUGGCUCAAACGAAUACAAUGACUUUGAGCGUGGUUCAAUCAACACAACUUACCAGCUAGUUAAGGACUUGAAGAAUAUCGAUAUGGUGAUGCAUAUCGGAGACAUCUGCUACGCCAGUGGUUAUCUGUCACAGUGGGAUCAGUUCACUGCACAGGUUGAACCCAUUGCUUCUACAGUACCUUACAUGGUGGCAAGCGGUAACCACGAAAGAGACUGGCCUGGAUCAGGAUCCUUUUAUGGGACUCUGGACUCGGGCGGUGAAUGCGGCGUGCCAGCUCAGAACAUGUUCUAUGUGCCAGCAGAGAACCGUGAGCAGUUCUGGUACUCGACGGACUACGGGAUGUUCCGGUUCUGCGUAGCCAACACGGAGCUGGACUGGCGGCCAGGCACCGAGCAGUACAAGUUCAUCGAGCACUGCUUGUCGUCCGUGGACCGGCAGAAGCAGCCGUGGCUCAUCUUCCUCGCCCACCGCGUCCUGGGCUACUCGUCGGCCACCUUCUACGGCGCCGAAGGGACGACGGAGGAGCCCAUGGGGAGGGAGAGCCUCCAGCUCCUCUGGCAGAAGUACAGGGUCGACAUCGCCAUGUACGGCCACGUCCACGGCUACGAGCGAACGUGCCCAGUCUACGAGAACGUGUGCGUGGCCAAGGGGUCGGACCGGUACAGCGGCGCGUUCACGGCGACGACGCACGUGGUGGUGGGCGGCGGCGGGGCGAGCCUGGCGGAGUACACGGCGGAGCGGGCGCGGUGGAGCCACGCGCAGGACCUGGACUACGGGUUCGCCAAGCUGACGGCCUUCAACCACACGACGCUGCUCAUGGAGUACAAGCGGAGCAGGGACGGCAGCGUGCGCGACAGCUUCACCGUCUCGCGCGACUACCGCGACGUCCUUGCCUGCGGCGUCGACAACUGCGCCAGCACCACCAUGGCGUCCUAGAGCGCCGCUCUUUUCGCUGCGGCUCGGCUCUGUUGUUGUUGUUGGAUCGAUGGAUGCAAUUUUGUUCUCGUGAUGAUACUUGGAUAGAUAUGCAGUGUUCAGUUCAUAGAUGACUGAGAAACCCAUGCAGAGGCGUUUCGAGUUUCGAUAUUUUCUUGAAGUGUUUCCAUAUUUAAAAAAAAUCCCUUAUUAAAAAUGAACUAAAAUAAAAGUGUUCAUGAAUUAA